AUGCUGGCCUCUCAAGACUCUGUUAAUGAAGACUUGUUACGCGGCCACACCAGCCCAGACUACUCUUCUUCUUCUUCUGGUGAUCAUGGCGAUGUCGAUGACUCCGAGCUCGAGUCCAUGACCGCUAAGGGUAUUCAGAAUCUAUGUUCCGAAUUGCUUGAGCUGAAAAAUGAGUCUGAUGAAGAUUUUCAGAAGAGCAUAUCUUCUAAUUAUGCUGUCUUUCUUAGAACUUUCAAAGAUAUGGAAGGUCUGGAAAGUGAAUUGAUGCGACUGAAAUACCAGGCUGCCACUCAGAAGAGGGUUAUAAAAGACCUUCAGGAGAGUAUCUCUUUGAAGGUUUUGUCUGAGGAGAUAAUGGAAUCAAUGCUCGAAGAGUCUUUCGAUUCUCACAAGACAGCGUCUCGAAGCUUACUGGAAGCUCAUACGGAAGACAUUUCAGAAAUCCUGGAUAUACUACUUUCAGAACAUAGGUUGGGCGAUGCUCUUUCUGUCCUGGAGAUGGAAGGCAGGGCUUUCCAGAGCAUGCGUUCUGGGGAAAGCUUUUCCUCAGAGGAGUUGAUGUCUUACAACUCUGCAAUAUCAGAGAAAAAAGCGAUGCUUGAGGAUCAAUUCACUCGACUGGCUAGAAAUCCCAGAGUGUCAGCGCCUGAACUGCAAAAGGCGUUGCUUGGACUUUGCAGGCUCGGUAGCAGUUAUCUUGCAAUCCAGCUACUUCUUGAUUACUACGAUGCACGGAUUGUACGUGGUACACAUGAUUUGAAUUCCUCAAAAGCAGUUCAAAAUGGACUUUACAUCCAACAAGUUGCAAAAUUCAUUUUUUCUAUGAUCUCCCAAGCAGCAAGGAGUUUUGUAGCAUUACAUGGAGAAGCUUCUUCUUAUACUCCAGAACUAAUCCUAUGGGCCAAUGAACACACCGAGGCUCUUGCCACUUGUUUGGCUAAGUAUGUUGAAUCCAUAUCCGAAAUAAAUGGUGGACUGUCUAUAGCAGCAGAAACCGCUCAGUUUGCAAUAGCAUACUGUUCUUUGUUAGACAACCAAAAUCUUGACUUAAGAUCAUGCUUGACAAAUCGUGUGCGCCCUAGCAUGGAACAGGUUCUACGGAUCAAUGUUCAUCAUUACAAAAGGGUCAUCAGUAUUUUCACAUCAAAUGAUUCUUGGAUUAUUGGAAGGUACCUUGUAUCUGGUAUCCUAAGCAAAGGAAGCUCCGUUGAUGUCGUGGAUAAGAAACCAGAAUAUUGUUUGCUCACUAACAGUGGAAGGAAGCUAGUCACGCUGUUUCAGGCUAUUACAGAUGACAGCUUUCCCUUGCUUUCCCUUCAAAUGGAAGUUACUGUUCUUAGAGAGCUAAUGGAACUCUUCACUGAAUAUACCAUCAUUCUUGAAAAAGCUCUUAGUAGUGGUGCAGAUCUGAUCCAGGAAAGUGGGUCGAGUAUUCAGCCAGCUGAGUCCCUGGUACAGGGAGUUUGUGUUAUAGCCAACUCAUUUACACUUGGGCAGAUCUUCUCAAAUAUAAUCAGAAGUAUUUUUGGCAACAUUCACCACUUGAAGUUUGAGAUUGAUAAUUAUGUACUGUAUAUCCAAGAUACUCAUGUUCGACUUAGAGCAUAUUUUCUUGAGCAAAUUAUGCAGAAACUCUUAACUUCUGAAGGCAGUCAAGGACAUGUUUCAGGAAGUUGCAUCACUCUGGAGAAUGAUUCUGAUAUAUAUUAUCUAGUGCCAUCCAUGCCUUACCAGGGACUCUAUUUAGAGCUAAGAAAGUUACAGAAGUUUGCCGAGGACAAUUACAUUGAACUGGAUUGGUUGCUGGAUGUACUCAGAGAGCUGAUGGAGGCAAUAUUUUUCCAGAUUGCAAACAGAGAGGAAAUUUUGACAGUUACUAAUGAUCUAUCCAUGGAACAAAAGUCUAGGAAUUUGAUGCAGUUCAUUCUGGACAUGCAGUUUCUGGUGGAAAUUGCUAGAUCUGGAGGAUAUCUGUCUCAUAGUAUAGUCAAUGCCUCCAUGGAGACUGUAGCUCACAUCAAAUCUGGCCUAUAUUCCUCUGAUUUUACUCUGGCAAGCUGCGUCAAUGAUCAGAGAUGGGCUGCAGAUGCUGCUAUGAUAGCCAUGCAAAAGCUUGACGUACUUGAUGAGAAAGAAUCUGCUACCAAUGACAUGGCUAAUAAUCUGGAAGGAGAAACAAUUGAAUGUGAAUCUCAGCAUUCUACCGACUCGUUUGAAGAUGAUGAGAGCACUACUUCUCCAAAACAGUCUAUCGAGUCGCCAAAAAAUCUGGCAAUUUCACGUGCAUCGGAAAUGCCCAGUCAUUCGGAAAAGCGGAUUUCAGAAACAGAAAAUAUUACAUUGGAAGGAGAUAUCCUUGAUGAUUCAAGUUCUGUGGAUUGUUCUGAACCUUUCAAAAAAAGAUUACUCGGAUUUGGAAGGGAUGAAAUCAAUUCAAGAAAUCCAAAUAAUGAUUCACUAGAGACAUUAUUGGCAGAAGACAAUUUUGCAGAAGCCUCCAUGGAUGAGAUCAGCAGUUUACGAGAGAGGAAUUACACUCGUAAAGGUUUGCCUAUAAACACAAGUGGAACUCUCGCUACAGCUGAGGACCUGAUUGAACGACCGCAAAGUAACCAUGGAGAAAACAAUGGUGAGAGAACGUCCGCUGUUCUAAAAGAGGAUUGAGGAAAGGGCUUCAUCUUUCUAACACUUAUACGCCCCCAAAUGAACGAGCAAUUCUUUUUUAAAUCUGUGCAGAUGGACAUCACAAUCGCACAAAAGGAUCUUAAAGCCAACCUAAGCAAGCGUUACGAAAACACAGAACUUGGAUGCACAGAUCCCUCCAUGGCUCUAUUUAAGGCUCCACUGCUUAACUUAGGCUUUGGAGCGGGGACAAAGCGUUAAGGCAAUGACGCGCGCUCCACUUCAGUGACCUGUUCAGCCCCGCGUCUUUGUACGUGUAACUAAACUCGAACCCUAAGCAUGUAUCCAUAUUGAUAUCAAAUAAUAAAACGUUUCCAUGGACAUGAACACUUG